AUUGUGUUGAAUCUUCUACCAUUGUUAAGCCCCCUAUCAACAACAAUGAUGUAUGUGAUUCGUUACCCACACCACCACUUGCUCCUAGACACUCCAUAUGUUCUACUAAACCACCAAGCUAUCUGAAGGACUGUCACUAUACUUUAGCUAUGCAACCUCUCCCAGCUUCAUCGCCAUCCUCAAUGACCAACUCUAUGGGAA